ACAAGAAACCAGUGUCAUCAUCAAAGAGCCGAUAACUCAAUAAAGCAUAAAGAGUCACGAACGAUGGCUUUCUACAAGAAAAACAUAAAAUUCAUAACUGCAGAGUUUACCUUAUUUGUUAGGUGUAUGAACUAACGCCAUAUAUUACCACUGGACAAACGCAAGAAAUGGCAUUCUCGUUGCAAGCUGUCAGGUCUGGUUUUCGGAGUCUGAACAAGUUUUGUGUAAGCACCAAUGUCAGAAGUUAUUAUCUAUAUUCACCGGAACCAUUCCACCCACUGCCUGACCGACUUCCUCUAAAAAAGACUGCAGAAGAGGCAGUUCAAGUUAUCCAGUCAGGAUUUAGAGUGUUUGUUCAUGGAGCAGCAGCAACCCCUGUGCCAUUGAUUGAGGCUUUAUGUCAACAUGGGUUGAAGGCAGGUUUGAGGAAUGUAGAACUAUUACAUAUUCAUACAGAGGGACCAGGCACAUACAAUAAACCAGAAUAUGAAGGAAUUUUUAGAUCCAACUCUUUAUUCCUUGCUGCCAAUGCUCGAAAAGCUGUUAUGGAUGGGCGAGCAGAUGUUAUACCAGUCUUCCUCUGUGAGAUACCUUUAUUGUUUAGGAUGAACAAAAUACCUCUGGAUGUGGCUCUUAUAUCUAUCACACCACCUGAUAAACAUGGGUUCUGUUCUCUUGGACCCAGUGUGGACUGUACUCGUGCUGCCAUACAGAAUGCCAAGUAUAUCAUAGGUUUAGCCAAUAGACAUUUACCUAGAACUAUAGGAGACGGUAUAAUCCACCAGUCACAUGUUGAUACUAUAGUUGAAUGUGACUACCCAUUACACGAACUAAAGAAAGGAGAACUUUCCCCAGAGGAACAAAAGAUAGGGAAAUUAAUAGCAGAACAUCUGGUCGAAGAUGGAGCAACAUUACAGAUGGGUAUUGGAUCUAUACCAGAUGCUGUAUUAGCCCAACUGAAUGGACAUAAAGAUUUAGGAGUUCAUUCUGAAAUGUUUAGUGAUGGAGUUGUAGAACUUGUUGAGAAUGGCUGUAUUACUAAUGCUAAGAAAAACAUAGAGACGGGAAGUAUUAUUAGCAGUUUUGCUGUAGGAACAAGAAAAUUAUAUGAUUUUAUGGACGAUAACCCGUUCGUUGAAAUGUGUGACGUAGGCUUUACUAACAGUGUAGCAAUUAUUUCUCAGAAUCCUAAAGUAACAGCCAUAAACUCUUGUAUAGAAGUAGAUCUUACAGGACAAGUCUGUGCCGACUCAAUAGGAGAAAAGAUGUAUUCAGGCUUUGGAGGUCAGAUAGACUUCAUAAGGGGUGCUGCACUAGGCCUUGAUGGCAGAGGAAAACCUAUUAUAGCUAUGCCAUCAACCACCAAGAGAGGAGAGAGUAAAAUUGUUAAUAUGCUGAAAACAGGGAGUGGUGUAGUGACAACUAGAGCUCAUGUUCACUAUAUUGUAACGGAGUAUGGUAUAGCUUAUCUUUUUGGCAAAAAUAUUAGACAGCGAGCUUAUGAACUUAUCAGACUAGCACAUCCUGAUCAUAGAGAAAGAUUAGAAAAGGAAGCCUUUGAAAGAUUGAAGUGUAUGCCAUCACCAUAGAAUCAAUUAGAUUUAAUGAUAUAUAUUGUAAAAUGAUUCAAUGCCAGUUCUAUAGAAGAUAGAUUGUUUCAUUUCUUCCAUAUUUAAUUUCUUCUAAACUAUUUUAAAGGACCCCAUGGUAGUAAUGCAACCCCUAUUUCAACAGAUGCAUUUAAUUAUAAAAAUAAGAAGAUGUGGUAUGUACUUGUAUGUUCAUACUUUAUGUACUUGUCUGUUCAGUGGAUACAUUUUAUACGAUACUAUUUUGAGUUUUGAUCUACUGCUGAUACUGGCAUACGGUUAGGAUGUUUUGACAUAAAGUAGUGAGAAAUGUAAAUUCUGAGUAAAUUUAGAAUAAUUCCAUUUGAAAACAGGUAAAGUUGACCUGAGAUGGAUUUGGAUAUUCGUUUUUGGUCCCUUUGGUCAUACAGCUAAUAUUUCUACAUAUUUUAUAUAUUAUUCGUGAUAUUUAAAAUUUAAAAUUUCAAGACAAGACAAAAUAUUUUAUUUCCUCAGACACAAACGUGUACAAGAGGUUUCCUGGUGAAAAUUGAUACAAAAAAUCACCGUGAACACACCAUAUUAAUAAAAUUAAUUUUUGCAUUGAACAAUAGCAAGGUGCGUUUUAUUUUCUAUCAUAAAGCCAAUACAUGAUAUUAUGCAUCUGUUAAAAAAAAUAGGAGAAAUAAAUUGUCCAUGGGUUGCUGUCUCAUUGUUGUAGACCCCACAUCUAAACUAUACAGGACACACCAGAGAAAUGUUGAAGAUAAGAUAAGACAAAUUUUUUUUAUUAAAGUAUCACAUAUUGAUCUUACGCAACAGUAAAAAAUUACAAGUACAAUCACUUAAAAAAAAGAUCAGCACCCAGCCUAUAAAGACUUAUGAGACAGUAUUAUAUACAUAUAAAACAGCUCAAACACACAAGGUAGAAAAAAGAAUAAAAUAAAAAGAAAUCUCAUGUAUUUAUCUUGCAAACUUAAUAAAUUUAACGGAAUAAUAUAAAUUAAAAUUAAAAGAAAUUGAACAGACAUACAGGCCAAUUCUUCCUCUAAUUAAGGUAUAUUGGGUGUCUUUUUCUGAGCAUCCCUUCUUGGCAUGUUGCAAAAAUAGUUUUUGGUUUAAAAAUAUUUUACGAAGUCUCAUUCAAUAUCCAAUAGAAACAUCUAAAACUUGAAAUUUAAUGAUCAAAUUUCCAAAAAAGUAAGUGUCUUUAAGUGUAUUUAAAUUUUUUUUUAAAAACAAUUGUUUUAAAAUGAAGGGUAGAUAAUUAUACAGAAUUUUGUUGGACAAUUUGUGUUUUUUUUAAAAAUCUUUUUCAAGAAAACAAGGCCUGUCAACCCUUAUUUUUAUUUGAUAUUUUAGAAGUAUUUGUGAAAAGUAAUUAUCUCAUUGAAUUUUAACCAAUUCUAUUGUUUAAUGUUUCCUCAAUAAGGAAAAAAUAUAAGUUUCUCCUAUAUAACCAAUUUUAAAUGACUGUGAUUUCGUCAAUUUUAAUGUAUUUUAACGAAAAAACAAGGCAUGUGACCCUCAUUUCUUAUAAUGAAAUUUGUAAGUACAUUAGCCCAGAAGUCCUUUAUAGAAGUUUAAGAAAAAUCUAUCGUCCAACAUUUAGACACCCCAGGUUCCUUAAUACACUAAUUGAUAAGAGUCUCAAACAUAUGAACUUAUAAAUUAAAAUAUUAAGUCUUCCAAUAUAUCUUUUAUGUUUUAAUUUUGCAAUUGAUCAUUAAAUCCUCUUUAAAGAUUCAGGUCAGUAUUUCAUAUUGCCCAGUAAUACAGGUUUUCCCAGUAUUUCCCACUCAGGUAUUUGCCAACCCUGUUUAAAAUCAUUCAUUCUCAGGUUAAAGUUGAUGGUGAAGGUUGUUUACCAUGAAGUUGUGGUUACAUCAAGUCAAAACACAGUACAGAUUGAUGUUCAUUAUGAUUUGAACUUUUAAAAUUAUAUGCCUAAAAUAAGGAUUUUGUUCAAGAUUUUGCAAUUCACUGAACUUGAAAAUGUGAUAAUGCGUAUCAGGUUCAAGAUUUUGCUUUAGGUAGAUUAUCAUGAAGUUGUGGUCACAUCAAGUUAGUAUACAUGUUCAUUACGGUAUGAUGUAAACUUUUUAAAAAUACUGAAUUAAAGUUUUGGCCCAGAUUUUGCGGUUCAUUGGGCAUUGAAAUGUGAUAAUGUGUAUCUGGUUAAAAUUUUUAGUCAAGAUAGUUUACCAUGAAGUUGUGGUCACAGUAAUUUGAAACUUAGUAAAUAAGUUCAUUAUACAUGUAAUGUUUUUUGGUUUGUUUGUUUUUGUUUUGUUUUGCUGUUUUGUUUUUGUUUUUUUUUUUUAUAAAUAUAUACCAAAUUACAUGAUCAGAUUUCAUGGUUCAUUGAACAUAAAAAUGUGAGUAAUGUAAUACCAUGGACAUUAAGGACAUAAUAUUAUCAGCUGCCAUAAUCCAACAGCUUUUGUGCCAUAAUAUUACCCGUGUUGUUCUAGCCUAGCUGCUGUGUUAAUACUAUUCACCCUCUGUAUUUGAUUUGCUCUAUACAAAUAUUAAUAUAUAAAUAUGAUUACAUUAAUCUGUAUGUAAAAGUACUGAUAGUAUAUUCUAGUAUAAAAAUAUUAAAUGAAAAUUAUGUAGUAAAAAUAGUAGCAUUAUAUAAUGUAUAGAAAUAUUAAAUGAAAUUUAUGUAGUAAAAAUUGUAGCAUUAUAAUCUACAUGUUAGAAAUGGAGUAAGUACUUCAUUUAUACCUCUUGCCGAAAGGCGGGGGAAAAUGAAGGCAAUACAAUGUUGUUUUGCAAUCGAAUAUUUUUAUAUAUUUUUUACUGCAAUCUAGCUGAGGAACCCUAGCUCUUGUGGUUCUUAUAAUAUUUUUUUACUUGGUCAUAAAAAUAUCGCAAGGACCAUAAGAGCUACGGUUUCGCAGCUUACUGCAAAGCAGCAACACUACAGAUCUCUGUCAACUUUUCCAAUUUAUGGGUGAUUUCCCUCAUAUGAUUUAUUUAUUCCUCCAUUAUAGAAAAUGUGUUAUCCCCAGGGCUUUUUAGCACCAUGGUAAUGUGAUGCUAUAUUGCUUGAAUAAAAUGCUAUCUGAAAUAAUUUUCUUAUAGGUUAUGUUAAGGAUUUGAUGCUGUCAUUUCUAGAAAACUAAGAUGGUAUUACAAAAUUUCCUUUUAACAAGGACGCUAUAUGAAAUUUGUGGGUAGAACACUGCCCCAAUAUGGCAUUUAACAGAGUUUUGUAAGUACAUAUAUACUCAUUCCAAACCAUAGAAUCUUAGAUUCAAAACACUUAUGACAUAUAUAAGAGAUGUGUCAGGUCCUCUUGUCCAUAAAAUCCUGAAUGAAGAUUUGAAAGGUAAGGAGGUAUGACAAUAUUUUUUUUCUCUUUCCUUCUAAAAUUAUUGCAUUUUUAUUUACAGUAAAUUUUCCAAUUAGUUACAUGUAUAUGCAAAUUUGUUUCUUCCAACACACAUAUAUAUUGUUAGUGAUUAUGAAACAUUCUCUUUGUUUGUUUUGUGAGUUCAUGUAUGUCAGACAUUUAAAUUGUGCUUUUGUUUGCAAUUCCCAAAAAAUAGAAAGAGUUUAUUGUGAAUAUUUGAUGUGGUAUACUUGAUAUUUUCAAAUGUCUUUGGUUUGCAGUCAGAGGAAGGUUUUAAUGAUUAAGCAUGUUGCUUGGUAACUAACCCUUUGAUCAGAAACAAAUAUUUUUUUUGGCAUAGAAUCUGCAAAAUUAAUUUUUACUAUUACACACAAUUAUUGACCUGGCCUUAUUAAGUUUGAACUAAUGAUAUCAUUUUAAAUUUCGGAAACAGUAAGUCAAUUUUGUUUUUAAUCAAGAAAUCUCAAAUGAAUAUGAUAACAGAUUAUAUUUUUUUCCUCAUUUAGAUAACUAUCAGUUGCAUUAAACAAUAUGGGCCUUGUUAGUUUGCAGGUCUCACUUGCUAGAAAAGGUUCAUUAUGAUACAUACAGCAAAUAUUUGAUGAUAUCUACAAAUAGAAAAUCUAAUAAUCUAUAAAAAUAUUGCCACAGCUGACGUAGACCAAGAACCAACAGAUGUAUAUUUUCUUUUAUAAUUUAAUUUAUUUUAAUAUAAUUGUGAUCUUUAUGUUAGAUUUGUGAGCACUUCUAUCCAUUCAUGUUCUGUUUACAAUAAUAAUUACAUAAAAGGGUUGACUGUAAAUGGUACAGUUAUUUGACUAUAUGAAAAUAUGAGAUAGUGAGCAGUCUUUUCUAGACUAAGUGGACUGAUUUAUUAAUAUUGAUAGUGUCAACAUAUUGUAUAGACACUCGUGUUUUUGUUGAAAACUGCUGUUAAACACUAAAUGACAGGUUUUUUUUUGGUUACCGGUAAUAUAAAUUUGUACAUUUUAUAUUUUUAUCACAGUACAAAAAAUGGCAUUUUAGAUGAUAUAUAAAUAUGAAUGUAUUUGUUCAAAUGCUUUUGAAUAGAAAACCAUAUUAAUAUUAAUUAUAAAUGAAGCAAGGGAGAUAAUAGAUCCAUGCAUUGGAUACUAAUCAAAAGUGAUUUAGUAUGCUUAGUGUUUCUGUUGUGUAAAUAAGGUGGUAUGGUAAUCUGGAGAAAGUGUAGAAUGAAUUGAUAUGAAUAAUGCAUUUACUAUUUUAUAUAUUUUAUAGAUUUUCAAAUAUUCCCUCAGAAAUUAAAUACAAUAUCAAUGCAUUCUUAUAUUUGACUGUUGUUAAAUUGAUACUUCUUGUAAUCAUAGAACAUUUGAUUUGGUUUUUAUUGCCGAUCAGUAUAAAAUUGAAAUAUGGUUUUCCUUGUUUCUACUUAUCUACCAAUUUUUUAUUUCUUUUUUACCAUUUUUCAAGGAUUUUUUUUUAUCAUUGUAGAUGUUUACUUUGCAAUUUGAAAAUUGACAGAAUUGCUGAUAGUAUAAGAAUGUCAUGUUUAUCAUAAAAAUGUUUUGACUUCCUAGUAAGGUACCUUACAAAACCCUUUGUUACAAGGCGUAGUCCUCAAUAUGUGUGAUAUUAAAUCAGCUUUUGUUUACAGUAGUCUAUUAGUAUAUUGAUAUAAAAUUUUAUUAAACAUUAA